AUGACUGCCAAGAUUCUCUCAUGGCAUUUAGGGAUAGAGAAAACAUAUAUGUGGCUUCCAGAUGAUGAAAAAGACAGCAUGCUGAAGACCCUGGAUAGGUAUCAGAAGUGCAGCUAUGGUACAGAAGAAGUCAAUAAACCAGCCAAGGAGCUCGAGAGCAGCUACAGGGAGUACUUGAAAGUGAAAGCAAGAUUUGAGGCCCUACAACGAACUCAGAGGAACCUUCUUGGAGAGGACCUCGGACCUCUGAAUACAAAAGAACUUGAGCAGCUCGAGCGUCAGUUAGAGUCUUCAUUGAAGCAAGUUCGGUCAACUAAGACCCAGUACAUGCUCGACCAACUUGCUGAUCUUCAAAAUAAGGAACAUCUGUUGCUGGAAGCUAACAGAGCUUUGACAAUGAAGCUGGAUGAUAUAAGUGUAAGCAAUAGCCUCCGACCAUCAUGGGAAGGUGAUGAUCAGCAAAAUAUGUCCUAUGGCCACCACCUUGCUCAGUCUCAGGGGCUAUUCCAGCCUCUAGAAUGCAAUCCCACUUUGCAAAUAGGCUACGAUCAUGUUGGCUCAGACCAGAUAACUGCAACAACACAUGCAACCCAGCAAGUCCAUGGAUUCAUUCCUGGGUGGAUGCUUUGA